AUGGACGCCGCCGCGGAGCCGCUGCCGCCGGUGAUCUACACCAUGGAGAACAAGCCCAUCGUCACCUGUGCUGGAGAUCAGAAUUUAUUUACCUCUAUCUAUCCAACACUUUCCCAGCAGCUUCCAAGAGAACCAAUGGAAUGGAGAAGGUCCUAUGGCCGUGCUCCAAAGAUGAUUCACCUAGAGUCCAGUUUUGUUCAGUUCAAAGAGGAGCUGCUGCCCAAAGAAGGAAACAAAGCUCUGCUCACCUUCCCUUUUCUUCAUAUUUAUUGGACAGAAUGCUGUGAUACUGAAGUGUAUAAAGCUACAGUAAAAGAUGACCUCACCAAGUGGCAGAAUAUUCUGAAAGCCCAUAGCUCUGUGGACUGGUUAAUAGUGGUAGUUGAAAAUGAUGCCAAGAAAAAAAACAAAACCAACAUCCUUCCCCGAACUUCUAUUGUGGACAAAAUAAGAAAUGAUUUUUGUAAUAAACAGAGUGACAGGUGUGUCGUGCUCUCCGACCCCUUGAAGGACUCUUCCCGAACUCAGGAAUCCUGGAAUGCCUUCCUGACCAAACUCAGGACAUUGCUUCUUAUGUCUUUUACCAAAAACUUAGGCAAGUUCGAAGAUGACAUGAGAACCCUGAGGGAGAAGAGGACUGAGCCAGGCUGGAGCUUCUGUGAAUAUUUCAUGGUUCAGGAGGAACUCGCCUUCGUUUUUGAGAUGCUGCAGCAGUUCGAAGAUGCCCUGGUGCAGUACGACGAGCUGGACGCCCUAUUUUCUCAGUAUGUUGUCAACUUUGGGGCUGGCGAUGGUGCCAACUGGCUGACGUUUUUCUGCCAGCCAGUGAAGAGCUGGAAUGGGCUGGUCCUGCGCAAGCCCAUUGACAUGGAGAAGCGCGAGCUGGUGCAGAGGCAGGAGGCCACCCUGCUGGACCUGCGCAGCUACCUGUUCUCACGCCAGUGCACCCUGCUGCUGUUCCUGCAGCGGCCCUGGGAGGUGGCCCAGCGUGCCCUGGAGCUGCUGCACAGCUGCGUGCAGGAGCUACGGCUCCUGGAGGUGUCUGUGCCCCCCGGAGCCCUGGACUGCUGGGUGUUUCUGAGCUGUCUGGAGGUGCUGCAGAGGAUAGAAGGCUGCUGUGACCGGGUGCAGAUCGAUUCCAACGUGGCCCACACUGUGGGCCUGUGGAGCUACGCCACGGAAAAGCUCAAGUCCUUGGGCCACCUGUGUGGACUUGUGUCCGAGAAGGGGCCCAGCUCAGAGGACCUCAGUCGCACUGUUGAUCUCCUGGCAGGUUUGGGAGCCGAGCGGCCUGAGACAGCCAACACAGCUCAGAGUCCGUACAAGAAACUCAAAGAAGCGUUGUCAUCAGUAGAAGCUUUUGAGAAGCACUACUUAGAUUUGUCCCAUGCUACCAUUGAAAUGUAUACAAGUAUUGGGAGGAUUCGAUCUGCUAAGUUUGUUGGAAAGGAUUUGGCAGAGUUUUACAUGAGGAAAAAGUCUCCACAGAAGGCAGAAGUCUAUCUUCAAGGAGCACUGAAAACAUACCUGGCUGAGGGCUGGGCGCUGCCCAUCACACAUACAAGGAAGCAGUUAGCCGAAUGUCAAAAGCACCUUGGACAAAUGGAAAACUACCUGCAGACCAGCAGCCUCCUGGCCAGCGACUGCCACCUGACGGGGGAGGAGCGGGAGCACUUCUGCCAGGAGAUCCUCAGCUUUGCCGGCCAGCACACCAACAGCCCAGGUCACAGAAUAGUGCUGCCCCUGAAUUCUCUCGCACAACUGAGAGCGCUCCACUUCGACCCCCCCAGUGCCGUGGUCCACGUGGGGGGCACUCUCUCCAUCGAGAUGACCGUGUGGAGCCACAUGCCUGUCCCCGUCUGCGUGGAGCAGAUUGCCAUCAGUGCACACUUCAGCCUCGAGAAGAACAGCUACCGGAAGACUGCGGAGUGGCUCACUAAGCACAAGGCACCAAGCGGCACUGUCACCUUCCCCCACGAGAACUCGCAUUUCCCCGCACCCCAGAACAGCUCACCUGCACUGGAGCUAUACACAAUGUUUGAGAGAAGUCCCUCUGAUAACUCUUUGAACACAACUGGGAUUAUUUGCAAAAAUGUCCACAUGCUUCUAAGAAGGCAAGAAAGCAGCUCUUCCCUAGAGAUGCCUUCAGGCCUGGCCCUGGAGGAUGGGGCUCACAUGCUGAAAUGUAGCAGCGUGACGCUGCAGCCAGGUGCCAACUCCAUCACCUUCCGGACGCAGGCCCGGGAGCCGGGGACCUACACGCUGCGGCGGCUGUCUGCCUCGGUGGGCCCGCUGUGCUUUGUGCUCCCCCACAUCUACCCCGUUGCACAGUACGACGUGUACUCCCAGGAGCCGCAGCUGCACGUGGAGCCACUCACUGACAGCCUUUUGGCCGGCAUUCCCCAGAAGGUCAAGUUCACUGUAACUACUGGCCAUUACACAAUAAAACACGGGGACAGCCUCCAGCUCAGCAAUGCAGAAGCCAUGCUCAUCCUGGGUCACGCUGAGAUCAGGGCGGUCAUCUACUCCAACACGAGAGAAAAGUCUUCGUCUGCGUCCUUGCGGAUCCAGUCCUCUGGAAAGGUCACGAGUGUCAGCCUGCCCGUGGCGCCGGCAUACCACGUGGUAGAAUUCGAGCUGGAGGUUCUUUCCUUGCCUUCCCUGCUGGCAGCCGAGCCUCACGGGCAAUACAUGGAGAAGCAGGAGACUGACCACGGCAUGGUCACCACGGACCACAAACUGUCCAUCGACUGCCCAUGGUCCAUCUACUCCACCGUCAUCGCCCUGACGUUCCGUGUGCCCUUCCGGACCACGCACACCCUCCUGUCGGCUGGGACGCGGAAGUAUAUCCAAGUUUGUGUCCAGAAUUUGUCACACCUUGACUUCCAGCUCUCAGACAGUUGUCUCGUAGAUGUAGGUGAUAGCACUGACGUGCAGCUGAUGCCAUUGAACACACAGCCCCAGCAGCACAUUCGCAGCAAGCAGCCCGUGUUCUUCGUCUGGGAGCUGAAGUGGACUCGAGAGCCGCCCCCUGCACUGCACUGCCGGUUCUCCAUUGGAUUUUCCCCAGUUUCUGAAGAGCAGCUGUUGAUCUCCUUAAAACCAUAUACCUACGAGUUUCAAGUAGAAAAUUUUUUUACGUUAUACGUCAUAAAAGCUGAGAUAUCCCCCCCUGUGGGCAUGGAGCACUGUAAGAUGGGCGCGCUCUGCUCCUUGGAGGUAUCCAUCACCCGGCUCGCAGGCCUCCUGGAGGUGGACAAGGACGAAGCCCUGACGGAGUCGGAGGACUACUUCACGACAAAGCUCAUGUAUGAAGUCGUGGACAACAGUAGCAACUGGGCCGUGUGUGGGAAGAGCUCCGGUGUCAUCGCGGUGCCGGUGGCCGCACAGGCCACGCACAGGGUCCACAUGGAAGUGAUGCCGCUCUUCGCGGGGUACCUCCCCUUCCCCGACGUCAGGCUGUUCAAGUACCUCCCCCACCACUCCGUGCACUCCCUGCAGCUGGACGCUGACAGCUGGAUAGAAAAUGACAGCCUGUCGGUGGACAAGCACGUGGAUGAGCACGUGGAUGAGCCUCUGGGCUGUGGCAGCGUGAAGAGCAGGGGCAGCGCACACCCCUCGAGCGGUGCAGAGCCCAAGGGCCUGCCCAUGCCCCGGCUGCAGGCCUUCCCCGCUGGCCAGGUCUUCAACUCCAGCACUGGCUUGCAGAUUCUCGUCAUCCCCAGCAAGGACGACCACGUGCUGGAAGUCAGCGUCACGUGACAGCGCCGCAUGCUCAGCUGCAGCUGUCGCAGACUGGACCUGAAUGAGUGCACUUUAAAGGACCUUCCCUCGGCUCUCCUCCAUAGUCACCCUCCAGCUCUGACCCGGCCGGCCUCGGAAGCAUCGCGGAAAUUCUGUGGACAGUGUCGCUGCUCUUGCUGGGCUCUGCUGUUAUUUUCCUGUUGUGUAGUAGAAUUCUUGUCAUUUUGUCAUUCCCUGUCCCUGCAGUGCUGUUCUACACUAUUUCCCUGAAGCCCCAACUCAAAUUAGUCACUUGCUGCCCGUAAAAGAUACUUCAAACUGGCCUCUCUGAGUUGAGUGGCCUCAUGGCCUGCUGGCUCUGUCACAGAGGUCUGUUUGUCCUUCAGGUGGACACACAGCAGCCCUGAGGUCCAGGAAUGAUGGGCAGAGCCUUCUGGCCAAAAGGCUCUUAAGGAGUAAAACCCAGUCCUUGCCCCCACACCAUCUGGUUGUUUUUCUAGAAUAACCCCUCUUACAGCAGGUGGGUGGGAGCAGGGCUGGGCUGGGCAGGAACAUCACCCCUGCUGGGCCUUGGGGCAGCAGAAUUGGGAGCCUUGCGGUCCAGUUGCUGCCCCGCUGGGGCUUUGGGGCCACCUUUAGGGUACCUUAAAUUAAAGGCCAGGCUGGGGCAUCAGAAGCAGCUGGGCUUUGAAAUAGUUGAGGAGUGAGUGUUUCUGAGACCGUUUUUCCCCCAUGAUGUUGAUUGAGUAGCAUAUGCACUUGGAACUAAAUAUAUAUUUAUUUUAAUUAUCAUUAUAUGUGUGGGGGUUAAUAGACUGUGUUUUUCUCUCACCUUUAGACUAAAAGCCUUUACAUGUAAUUGUAAGUGUAUAAUCAUUAUUUUUCCUAUGCACCUUAAGAUGUUUCAUUUCAAGUGAGAUUGGAGGGUCCUCUUGGUGUCUUCUGGUCUGGUUAGAGGGAAAGCCCAGGGUCCUGGGAUCGUGACCUCUGCUGGCCCUAUGGAUUGCAGUCAUCCCAUCCCAACUGAUUAAUUUGCUUUGGGUUGUAAAUUUAAUUGUACAUAUGGUUGAUUUAUUAUUUUUAAAAGUACAAACUAACUGAUGUAAUGUUUAUGUAUAAGUUGUACCAAAAAUCAAGGACAAAAUAAAUGUGUUUGUUUUUAUUGGUGGUGAAAGUCACAGCUUGUAAAUAGUAUUGGAUGUUUUAAACCUUUUCCAGCUCUCCAAAGCGAUGUAUUUUUGUACAUAUGAAAUAUAGUACUCUUAAAUUCACUGGCAAAGUUUGGUUGGAAUCAAACCUCAUAGAAUUAAGCUGACAGCCAGCGGGCCCCUCAGCCUUGAGCCUUACAAAAAGCAAAGCAGCCUACCGUGGCCGCAGUGGGCCCUUAGGGUGAAGGCACACAGCUCAAAAUAAGUAGCUAACAGACAGUCCAUUUUCAGUAUUCUGUAUGUUGUCUUGUAACUCCUUCAACAAAUAAAGGUGGUGUGAUUUUUUUCCCCAUGACUUGUUCCUUCGUAUAGAUUGGAGGAGUAUGUAAAGCAGAGAAAUAUCUGUGUUGCUAAGAAACUUACCUUCCUUAUUUGCAGUUUAAGACUAACACAUACAUGGUCAACUUGUUAGGCAAAUUAGACUUUCAGCAUCUUGUAAUAGUUUGGAAUUUCUAAAAUAAGUUUUUUUAUUAUAAAAAUUGGCUGUGGCCCUACAACUCUGCCAAGUGCUGCUGAGAUGUGGGGAAAAGCCUCAGCGCCAGGAGGGCACCCCUGCCUCAGCACCCCCCCCCCCCCGCCCUGUCCAGGCCUCCCUCCUCCUCCGUCCAUCCCGUGGCCUUCUGUGCAGGUUUCAUAUCUGGGUCUACUCCCAGGAUGAGAUUCUCCGACAUACAUGUUGAGGAAGGAAAUGAAGGGGAAAUCCUAAAUGUUUUUGGUUUCUCAUUGUCUAGAAGUGAAUGAAAUCUGAUUUACGACAGGCUGGUUUUGUUGUUGUUUACACAAGAGAAGAAUGUCACCCAAAACUUUUAAGUCACUUUUUUUUUCCUUAAUAUCAUAAGAGUAACUAAAAGGCUGUAAUUGAGUUUUUGUUGUGUUUUAAAGUCAGGUUUAUGUGUCUGAGGCCAGCUGGUUUUGUUGAUGAAGACUUAGCUGCUGUUAAAUGAUUGUGAAGCCAGAUUUAGAGGUGUAUCUAAAACGCCAAGAAUAAGCAGCCGUUUUCCAAAUAUCUGUGGAACAUGUAAAUACUAGCAGUUGGAAAGAAAACAAGUCAUAAUUUUUGUGAAUUUCAUGGGUUUCAUGAAUUCAUGUAUUUCAUGAAUUGCCUAUGAUUGGAAAAAUUAUAACUCUUCUACUUCUAAUGUGGAAAUUGCUGUAUUUAAUCUGUAAAGGGUUUCUACCUGCAGUUCAGUCAGCAGAGCCCAGAGUGGGUCAGAUUCCUGCUUUAAUGUCUUAGUUAUAAGGAUACACAUCCCAUAAAGAGUUGGUAGAGAAAAUGCAUACAGGCUUUGCUUCCAUUUUUCUCUAGUGUUUAGGAUGGAAUUAAAGUAAAAUUAAAGAAACACUCCAGGUGUGUGUAAAAAAUGCAAAACAAUACUUCUUUUUAUAAGAGAACAAGUUGUGCUGAUUAAAAUGUUUUACCUUAGACUGUGAUUUCUUAAAAUAAAUCCUACAUGAUUUUUAAAUUUCACUUCUUAUGAAAAUACCCCUUUCUCUAAAUCGAGCCAUUAUACACAUCAGGCUAUAAGACCUGAAAGCAUCAUUGGUAUGAAUUGCUGGGAUUCUGUGACUGGAAAAGGUGGCAAGUUGGUGACUUUGACACUGCAGGUAUAAUUUCUGUUUUCAUGGUUAUACUAUGAAAAUCACUUUUCACAUUAUUCUGUAAUAUAUUGUUAAGACUAUAAAACCAUUGUAUGAAGACUAUUUAAAAUGUAAGCAUUAUAAUUCUGAAAAUACACAUUUUAAGAAG